AUGUUGUCAUCACCUUCGUCUUCUUCAUCUAUUGGUAAACGUACUUCGAGUCAACCUUCCUGCUUCUGUGAGGUUGAGGCAACACUGAGAUAUUCAAAUACUCCCAGAAAUCCAGGACGACCCUUCUUAGGCUGCUCGAAGUACAACAAUGAGGGCUUACCGUAUUGCAAGUUCUUCAAGUGGGCGGAUGGUGCUUUGGACGUAGAGCAAGAAAUUGAAGAUAUAAAGCAAUAUCUAUUAAGGAAGGAAGAAGAGCUGAGAAUGGAUAAAAUUGAGUUCCGAAAGCGAGCCGAUGCCAUGGAGAAGAUGUUGGCUAAUAUACUUGAGGAGGUUCGGAAGCAAGAUGCUCAAAACAGGCGGAGACGCACACUACUCAAUCUGUAUUGGGCUGUUGCCAUUGUUGUCUCAUGUUACUUUCUGCUGUCUAAGUGA